AUGACGGCUGCACCACCAGUGCCGCACUCUGUGCCCGAGGGAAUGAAUGGGGGACCACCGCACAUACCUAGUGGUCUCCCUAGGUAUCAUCCUAUCGCCAUGAACCCAAAUCCAUCUCAUCCAGCAAUGCCUCCACCAGAUCAAAUGGCCCAAAAUCAUCACUACCGCCACUAUGCACCGCCGCUCUUGCAUGAUCCGCAUGCUGGUCCCCCACCAGUGCCGCCAACCCCGAGCCCAACCAACUUGGAACAGAUUGAACAGCGUUUAAGGCAAUUGGAACAUGAGGAAAUGAACCGGAUGGCAGCUCGCACCCAUUUGUUGGCAGUUCGAAAACGGGAAGAUGAAGAGUUUCGACGAAUGACAGAGAGUGCAGAGGCAGAAGAAGAGGAUCUUCGAAGACAGCGCAAACGGAUCAAGAGAGAGUCGAUGGGCCUAGGACCUAAUUCAGCUGGUGACUCGCCGCCAUUAAGGCCUACACCACCUCGGCGUUUGUCUGAGACCAGUGCAGCCACCACUCUUGCUUUUUUCAAGCAGCAAAGCCCUCCAGAGCCUCGUCAAGCUCCUCUGCCUCCUGUUUCUCAACCCCAGCAAGCACCUCCCAUGCCCCCUCCUGCUCACCUCCAUCAUCAACCUCACCCUCCUCACCCUCCUCACCCACCUCACCCGUCUCAACAAUCCCAUCAGUCUCACCCACCUCACCCGUCUCAACAAUCCCAUCAGUCUCAUCCACCACACCCAUCUCACCAGCCUCACCCACCGCAUCAUCCUUCUUCACAAGCUCAGCAACACCAAAUCGUCGCCCAUGAAUCUAUGAACGGCGCUGGAUCUAUCCGCCGCAAGCAAAAAUACACCAUUAAGAAUGUCGAAGCCUGGGGUGAGCGUCACGGCCGCCCAGCAGCCCACGACCCAUCCGGCCGAGCUCUAUGGAAGCGGCCCUCUGACGGCAGCCUGGUUUAUCUGACCUGCCCAAUUCAAGGUUGCGGCAAAUCAGACUUUGUCACGCUCCACGGCUUCAUGUGCCAUCUGACGAAGAAACACAAAGACCGGACGUUAGGCAGCCAGUCGCGUGCUCUUGAACUAUGUGGCAUUGUAUACGACCCCAACGCGCCUCUGCCUCCCGUCUCAGCUUCACACCGAGGCUCAGCAGAGAGUGCAUCAGCGAUGGAUCACGACGGGGAAAUGGGCGAUGAGCUGGACUCGGACUCUGAGUUGGAUGGAGAGGAUUCGCCUGACUCUUACCGCGUUAAGACUGAAAUCUCCGAUCACCCUCUCUCAGAGCAUCACGAUACCCCGGGACCACAUGAUUUGUCGCCCGUGCCGAAACCAGUUUUCCCUCAUGGCUUAUCAACGAAACAAUCUAUCUCCUCUAUCAUUGACCGUACCCCCGAGCCGGAAUCAAGGGAAGCUCUUACGUCUUUACCUCCAUCAGAAUCUCUUUCGCAGGGCCCAGCACCUAUCCCUGAGCAAACGAUUCCUUCGAAACGGAAAUUCGAGUACUCUCCCGAAAAAGAGAACACAGAACCGAAAGAGAGAUCCAGAUCUGGAACUGAGUAG